AUGAAAAUUCUAUUAGAGAAAAAGAGCCAGUUUAGAUUCAUUCUCUCUCUCUCUCUCUCUCUCUCUCUCUCUCUCUCUCUCUCUCAAUGUUACUGUCUCCUCUCUAUCACCAUUGCUCUCUCAUACAUUCUCACUCUAUCUUUCUCUUUUAAAUUAGGAUUUAUCUUUCUUUCUUUCUUUCUUCUUAAUAUUUCUGCAGUCUUACUUUUUUUCUUUCUUAACAUUUCUGCUGUCUUUUUUCUUUCUUUUUUCUUUCUUUCAUUCCUUCUUUUUUCUUUCAUUCUUUCUUUCUUUCUUUUUAAUAUUUCUGCAUCUUUCUUUCUUUCUUUUUUUUUCUUUCUUUCUUUCUUUCUUUCUUUCUUUCUUUCUUUCUUUCUUUUGUCUUUCUUUCUUCUUAAUAUUUCCAAGGUCUUUCUUUCUUUCUUCUUAAUAUUUCCUAGGUCUUUCUUUCUUCUUAAUAUUUCCAAGGUCUUUCUUUCUUUCUUCUUAAUAUUUCCUAGGUCUUUCUUUCUUCUUAAUAUUUCCAAGGUCCUUCUUUCUUUCUUCUUAAUAUUUCCUAGGUCUUUCUUUCUUCUUUCUUUUUUAAUUCCUAGGUCUUUCUUUCUUUCUUUCUUCUUAAUAUUUCCUAGUAUUUGUACUCUAUUCUUUCUUUUUCUCUUUCAUUCAUUCAUUCUGUCUCAAUAUUCAUACUCUUCUUUCUUUCUUUCUUUUUUUCUUUCUUUCUUUCUUCACAUUUCUUUACAUGGAAAGCUUUAA